AUAAGGAGCAUAGCAACUCACGUACGGUGGGCUGGAAAGUGUGACUUAUGGAGUCCGGCAAAGUGUUUUAAAAACCCUGUAAUAGGAAGACAUGCUGCACUUCAAUGCAGGUCAUCUUGUAUUCAGUUAUAGCCGCAUUAUUACCUACUGCCCUAGAGGUACAGUAGGACUACCACAUUCCAACACGCGAUGAAGGUAUUUUUGCUGUUUCUAACGGUAUUGGUGACAACUAGUGCAGCUAGUCUCGCACGACUUCCCUUGAGUGUUUUCCUUGACAGUAAACUAACAAGACUACCGCAAACUAAACGACAGGGGCGCAUUGUUGGUGGCACGAAUGCUAAAGAGGGAGAAUUUCCCUGGAUGGUUUCCUUGCAAAGAAAUGGUUUCUUCGGGCGCUCUCAUUUUUGUGCAGGUUCAAUUGCAAAUGAAAGAAAUAUUAUUACUGCUGCACAUUGCAUAGAAGAGCUUCAUCCUAUUGGAGUUUGGGCUGUUGCUGGAGAAUACAGGUUAGAUCUCGAUAGUGGUUUCGAACAAGAAUUGAGAGCGGCUAAUUUCGUAUUGCACGAACAAUAUGACCCAGUUCAGCUGAAAAAUGAUAUUGGAAUCAUUCGAUUAAAUGGAAGUUUUACUUUCAAUCCCUAUUUGAAACAAGUUAAGCUGCCCGGAAAAGGCUACUUUACCCAUCCAGGGACGGCGGUCACAGUUGCAGGUUGGGGAAGCACAAAGGAAGGAGGGAGUUUAUCUAAUGUUCUUUUAAAAGCUACCAUCCCUGUUGUGUCGGACGAAGACUGUCGCGUAAUAUAUGGUGCAGAAGUCAUCGAUGAUUCGAUGCUUUGUGCUGGUUAUACAUCUGGGGGUUACGAUUCAUGUCAAGGAGAUUCUGGUGGUCAACUUAUGUUACAAGACGAAAAUCUAGUCGGCAUUGUAUCUUGGGGUCAAGGCUGUGGUCAACCAGAUUAUCCCGGCGUCUAUACGGAGGUUUCAGCGUUUGUCGAUUGGAUUUCAGUCAAACUAUCACCAGCUAACGUCACAAACUCCUUAUCUGCAUAGCUGUUGAUGCACUGCAGUAAAAAAAAUGGCAAAGAUACUAAUAUAUUUUUAUCAGUUCGUUUGGCGUCUGUCGUCACAAGUCACUUUGAGUAUGAUGGACAGAAUUACAUUGUGAUAUUCGUUUUUAAA